GGUGAGAUGCAUGCGAAAAUUCUGCUGGGUAGCGUUGUAAGUUGAAACUUGAAACCUCCUCCUGUGUGGCCUUCUGUGUUUGCUACUUUGUCCCUCUCUUUUCGCAUUUAGCGCGCGGUGCAGCAGCGCUCCUCGUUUCGCAGUCUCACACUCACAGGGUCUUCGUCGUCUACCAAAGUACUCUCCACACUUUUGAUUCCAAACUUUUCUCCAAAUUUGAAUCGAGAAACCCUUGAAAGGUAAUCUGGAAAGGCAGAUUCUCUUCCUUCUCUGUCUCUUUAGCUCUAUUUGAUUAUAUCUGGAAGCGGAUUUGAAAAUCCCAUACCGGGUCACUGUUUGAAAUCGUUUGGCGUCUGUAUAAGCUGAUCUCGCAGAGAUUUCCAUAGAUUUUCAACCUUUUGAGAUGUCUAGUAGCUUCAGGAGUGAUAGUGACUACACUGUCGACAUUGAGGAACUCUUGCAGAUAGGAACAAUGUGUAGAGAGCUGAGGAAAGAAAAGGACAUGCUAAGAGAAUCACUAUCUCAAAGUGCCGAACUGAUUAGAAGAUUAGAAUUGGAUAUAAAGUCACUAGUGGAAGCUCGCGCGGAGGACAAGAAAUAUAUCCAGAAGUUGGAAAGAGAAUUGAGUAAUUGCUCCCAGGAAAUAGAACAUUUGCAGGAUCAACUAAACCUAAGAAACAUAGAGGCAAGUUGUUUGGGUGAGCAUGUCCACAGCCUUGAGCUUAAGCUAGUGGAAUUUAGAAGCUUGCAAGAGAAAGUAAGCAGGCUGAAGGAUGAACUAGUGAAAUCUGAAUCAGAGAGGUUAUUCUUGACACAGGAAUUGGAGAACAAGGAAAUGGAGAUCGAAAAUUCAUCUUUAUGCGUAGACCAACUGGAGGAGUCAAUUUCAUCUAUUGCAUUGGAAUCCCAGUGUGAAAUAGAAAGCAUGAGGAUUGAUCUAAUGGCCUUGGAGCAAAGGUGUUUUGAGGCCAAGAAAUUCCAAGAGGAAGCCGCCCAUGAGAAAGUUAUGAUGGAUAGGUUGAUCGAAGAGUUUGAAAUCCAGUUUCAGGAAGCACAAAAAAUGAUUAGUUGUUUAGAAGAGGAGAACAGAGAGUUAAGAGGGAGGCUUGGAACAUCAGAGAGCGGUGCAUCAAUACCUUAUCAGAAAGUUGAAGAAAACCUUGGUCAUUGGCUUGAAAACAAGUAUAGUUCACAAGCUGCGUUUCAGUCUUCUUGCAGUAAGCGUGAGAGCAAGCUUCCUGCAUCAAAACAAAUGAGCACUUGUGAGGAAGUGCUGGGCCCACUCCUUUCAAAGCUGGCUGUUGUGGCAGCAUCAGAUGAAGAUUUGAAAGCUGCAAUGGAGAAGAUGUUGUGCCAGAUCCACAAAUCUGAGCUUCUUGUGAAGCAGCUCAAGGAAGAGCUGAUAGAAGAAAAGUGCAAGGCAAAGGAAGAAGCAGAGGACUUAACUCAAGAAAUGGCUGAACUAAGAUACCAAACCAGAGAUAUGCUUGAACAAGAGUGCAAGCGCCGUGCUUGCAUUGAACAAGCAUCUUUACAGAGAAUAGCUGAGUUAGAGGCACAGCUACGGAAAGAACAAAAAAAAUCCUUCAUUGCUGUCAGGCAUUUUCGUGAAGCCCAGAAAUUAGCUGAAUCAAGAUCCAUGGAGGUGCACCGAUUACAAAAUGUAUUAGAGGGACUAAUGGUAUAUCCACAAACAAAUGAAGUUUGCACCUGUGGAGACUGUUUGAUUUUUAGGAGUACUUCCAUAGGUUGCCUAUCCCAAGAGCCAGUUGAACCUCAAGUUUCAGAAUUAGAUUCAGCUGGUCAUGACAUAUUAUCCAGAAAAGCAAUAGCAUGGCAUCCGGAGGAAAUUCACGGGUCAUGAUCAUGAACAGAAAAAUGCUCCAAAUAGCUAUUCUCAUAAAAAUGAGUUCAGGUAACUGACAUUGAACUUGGUGGUUCUUAUCUCGAGCAAUCAUUUGAUGGCUUUAUUGUUCAUCUUCACCUUCAUGACCAUCAUGUGGUGUAAUUCUUGACAAGAAGUCUUCGAGAAAUUGGCGUGAAAUGAAGAGCAAAUUGCAGGACAGGAGUUGUGAUUUGUAAUCUUAAAUCUUAUAUAUUGUGCCUAUUCUUGUAUUCUUAGAUCUGAAGCUGAUGCUUCAGCCUUGCUGUGCAGUAGGAAGUUGUCUAUAUUGAAUUUCCCGUGAACCAAAUGUUUAGCAAAUAGCAACCCUCCUUUUCUUGUUCAUCAAGGUCUAGCAGCAACCUUCAAUCUGAUAGAUGCACACAGUGGAUAACUAUCUAUCUCUAUUCUCAUCUCGUCUACGAGAUCAUCACUUGGUCGAGUCAA